ACUUCCUUCCUUAUGAUAAAAAAACGGAUAGGAAAUAUGCAAGUAAUAAGAGAUUACGGUCGAUUCUGUUUCCGACGUGCCAUUAUAUCUACCGUUAACAGAGAAUGUUCUACGACAAGCGAAGGUGAAACCAAAAUGCUGGACGAAGACUCGAUUGUAGUGGAGAAAGAACACAAUAUCACUCUGAUUGGCAUCAAUCGACCGAAAGUGAGGAAUGCUGUCGAUGUUGCCACAGGUGUUAAACUCGCUGCAGCGAUAGCUGCUUUCGAGACCGAUCCAACGGCGGACGUUGGCGUCCUUCACGGUAUCGGCGGCACAUUCUGUUCCGGUUACGAUCUGACUGAGCUGGCAAGGUCUGACGAUGGAGACACAGUCCGCUCGAUCAUUUCCAAUCCGGAAGGAGUCAUGGGACCGACGAGGCGCAUGAUGAAAAAACCCAUGGUCUGUGCCAUCAGUGGUUACUGCGUGGCGGGCGGAAUGGAACUUGCGCUGAUGUGCGAUUUACGUGUGAUGGAAGAGAACGCUAUCCUGGGGUUCUUUAAUCGACGUUUCGGUGUGCCACUGAUUGACGGCGGAACGGUGAGGCUUCCGGCUCUGAUAGGUCUAUCUCGAGCACUCGAUCUUAUGCUCACCGGUAGGACGGUGUCCGCUAAGGAGGCCCACGAAAUUGGACUUGCCAAUCGCGUGGUUGCCGUCGGUGCUGGACUAGGACAGGCGUACAAUCUGGCCAUGAGCAUUGCCAAGUAUCCUCAACUUUGUCUUCGACACGAUCGGAAUUCGGCAUACUAUGCAUCGUUCUCCGCUCAAUCCUUCGAGGACGCUAUGCAACGAGAGUUGUUUACUGUGAGCGACGAAUUGCUGAAGGAAGGGAAAACAGGGGCAACCAAAUUCCGGUCCGGGGUGGGUCGAGGUGGUAGUUUCAGUGGCAUCAAGGAGCGAGAGAUUGCGGAUUGGGAACGUAAGGAAAUGGAUUUCGAGUCGAAGUUAUAGAACAAUGCUUUGGGUGAUAAGUUGUAUUUUUUACUUGGAAUAGAGCAUUUUUUAAACCUGUUAUCAUAUAAUGUUCCAGUUUCCAUUCUUUAAGUAACAUCUGUAUUAUUAAAUAAUUUCUUUCCUCGAAAUAGAUAACAAAAAAGAAGAUAAUUUUAUUUCUAAAAGCUGUGAACGGUUUGAAACUUUGCUAAAUAUGAAAGCUAGCGACAGGACUUUUAAUAAGCAUGACAUCGA